CGACGGCGGUUUUCGACGGAAAACCAGAUUGCGCCAAAGCACGCAAGCUCUCCACUUCACCAAGGCAUUGAAGAUAUGCAUACAUAGUACACCGCCGUGUCACCCUGCCACGCUCAACGUCACCAAGACGCCCGGCGACACAACUGGAACGAUUGACGAAACAGAGGGCUUCGCCGCCGCCGCCGUUACCCACGUCUGACCCCGCGCCCGUUAACCGUGCAUACCCCCCGCCCCUCUUCGGACGGCCCGCCGCUCCUGCGCGCACCAUGACGGCUCACCCCGAUCAUCCCAUCGUGACACCGCCGCGCGCCCCGUCGCCCGUCCAUGACUUUGGCACGCUGGCGGUGCAUGCGGGGUCGCCGCACGAUCCCUCCACGGGCGCCGUGAUCGAGGCCAUCUCGCUGUCGACGACCUUCGCCCAGACGGCCGUGGGCAAGCCCGUCGGCGACUACGAGUACAGCCGCAGCAGCAACCCGAAUCGGAAUAACUUCGAGACCAUGGUGGCUGCGCUCGAGCAUGCGAAGCACGCCCUCGCUUUCUCGUCCGGCAGCGCGGCCACCACCGUCAUCCUGCAGUCCCUGGCUGCCGGCUCCCACGUCAUUUCGGUCUCGGACGUGUAUGGCGGCACCCACCGGGUACUUCACCCAGGUUGCCAAGGCCCACGGCGUCAAGGUGACCUUCACGCCCGAGAUCGAGGUCGACAUCCGGGAACACAUCACCGAGUCGACCAAGCUGGUGUGGAUCGAGACCCCCAGCAACCCGACGCUCCGCCUCGUCGACAUCCGCGCCGUCGCGACCCAGGCGCACGAGCACGGCGUCAUGGUGGUGGUGGACAACACGUUCAUGAGCCCCUACAUCCAGAACCCGCUGGACCACGGGGCCGACAUCGUCGUGCACAGCGUCACCAAAUACAUCAAUGGGCACAGCGACGUGGUCAUGGGCGUGGCGGCCUUCAACAGCGACGAACUGCACAAGCGGCUCUCGUUCCUGCAGAACGCGCUGGGCGCCGUCCCGUCGGCCUUCGACUCGUGGCUCGCCCACCGCGGCGCCAAGACGCUGCACCUGCGCGCGCGGGAGGCCACGGCCAACGCCACGGCCGUCGCGCGCGCGCUCGAGGCCAGCCCCCACGUCAUCGCCGUCAACUACCCGGGCCUGGACUCGCACCCGCAUCGGGCGAUCGCCAAGAAGCAGCACCGCGACGGCAUGGGCGGCGGCAUGCUGUCGUUCCGCAUCCGCGGCGGCCACGCCGCGGCCGAGCGCUUCUGCCAGCUGACCAAGAUCUUCACCCUCGCCGAGUCGCUGGGCGGCGUCGAGAGCCUCUGCGAGGUGCCGAGCAGCAUGACGCACGCCGGCAUCCCGCGCGACCAGCGCGAGGCCGUCGGCGUCUUUGACGACCUCGUGCGCAUCAGCUGCGGCGUGGAGGACGCCGAGGAUCUCAAGAAGGACGUGCUCCAGGCGCUGGAGAGGGCGGUCGCCGAGACUGAGGGUUUAGCCGUUGACGGUGCCAACGGCGCCAAUGGCUACGAAAGCGGCGAACAAACUCUGUGAGCGAUGAUUUCCUGGUUUCCGCAUCCACUUCUGCGUGAGCGAACGGGGCGAGGACCUAUCGGCUAUAGAUGGCAAGGCGCUGGUUAUUCUCUGAUAGGCUUAUAUCGUUUUCUUUUUUUGGGAAGGUUCCGGAUCCAGUAGCUCAAGCGUCUGGCAUUCUGCAUAAACAUCGGGAGAUGCUGUAAUACAG